AUGAUGUCCUCUGUGUCCAUACUCUCCAUCCCCAUCUCGGCCACAGAGUUUCUUCUGGCCUCCUCCGUCUUCUGCCUAGUGCUCUGGGUGGUCAGGGCCUGGCAGCCUCGGGUUCCCAAAGGCCUGAAGAGUCCCCCGGGGCCGUGGGGCUGGCCCCUGCUGGGGAAUGUGCUGACCUUGGGGAAGACCCCACACCUGGCGCUAACGAGGCUGAGCCAGCGGUACGGGGACGUGCUGCAAAUCCACAUUGGCUCCACACCCGUGCUAGUGCUCAGCGGCCUGGACACCAUCCGGCAGGCCCUGGUGCAGCAGGGGAACGAUUUCAAGGGCCGGCCUGACCUCUACAGCUUCACUCUGGUUACUGAUGGCCAAAGCAUGUCCUUUAGCCCGGACUCUGGACCAGUGUGGGCUGCACGCAGGCGCCUGGCCCAGAGUGCCCUGAAGAGUUUCUCCACUGCAUCAGACCCGGCUUCCUCGUGCACCUGCUACCUGGAAGAGCACGUGAGCAAGGAGGCAGAGGCCCUCCUCGGCAGGCUACAGGAGCAGAUGGCAGAGGCUGGGCGCUUUGAACCCUACAGAUAUGUAGUGGUGUCGGUGGCUAAUGUCAUCUGUGCCAUGUGCUUUGGCAAGCGCUAUGACCACGAUGACCAAGAGCUACUUAGCUUAGUGAAUCUGAGUAAUGAGUUCGGGGAGGCGGUUGCCUCUGGGAGCCCCACGGACUUCUUUCCCAUCCUUCGUUACUUGCCCAACCCCGCCCUGGAUUCCUUCAAGGACCUGAAUAAGAAGUUCUAUAGCUUCAUGCAGAAGCUGGUCAAGGAACACUACAGAACAUUUGAGAAGGGCCACAUUCGGGAUAUCACAGACAGCCUGAUCGAGCACUGCCAGGAGAAGAGGCUAGAUGAAAAUGCCAACAUCUUGCUGUCUGAUGAGAAGAUUGUUAACGUUGUCUUGGACCUGUUUGGAGCAGGAUUUGACACGGUCACAACUGCCAUCUCCUGGAGCCUCCUGUACCUGGUGACGAACCCCAGUGUGCAGAAAAAGAUCCAGGAGGAGCUGGACACAGUAAUUGGCAGGGCCCGGCAGCCCCGGCUCUCCGACAGGCCCCAGCUGCCCUACAUGGAGGCCUUCAUCCUGGAGAUAUUCCGACACGCUUCCUUCGUCCCCUUCACCAUCCCUCAUUGCACUACAAGAGACACAAGCCUCAGUGGCUUUUACAUCCCUAAGGGACGUUGUGUCUUCGUGAACCAGUGGCAGAUCAACCAUGACCAGAAGCUCUGGGGUGACCCGUCUGAGUUCCGACCAGAACGAUUUCUCACUCUUGAUGGCACCAUCAACAAGGCACUGAGUGAGAAGGUGAUUCUCUUUGGUAUGGGCAAGCGGAAGUGCAUCGGUGAGACCAUUGCCCGCCUGGAGGUCUUUCUCUUCCUGGCCAUCCUGCUGCAGCAGGUGGAAUUCAGUGUGCCCCAGGGCACAAGGGUGGACAUGACCCCCAUCUAUGGGCUGACCAUGAAGCACGCUCGCUGUGAGCACUUCCAAGUGCGGGUGCGCACUUAGGGGACUGAGAACCCUGC